UGAAGAGGCGCACGUGAACGUUAGCGUUCGGUAUAAAAACGCCACUCACAAAUAUUGCACUCUACAGAGUGUUUUGAGUUUCGAACUAUUCAUACAAAUGAAAAGGUGCGGCAAGCUGCCCGAAAACUACGGUCCGCUGGAAGUUUGCGCUAUGUUCAGCGCCCUUUGCGCGCCCGGAAUCCCUGUAGAGCUAUGCGGCGAAGCUACUUCCACAGGAGACGAUGGCUACAGUGCUGCUCCCGUCCUUUCACCAUGCCUUCAGUGAAAAUUUGAGCCAUACUAGCCAAUACACCGUUUGAAACAACACUGAAAGUUUACAGGUUGUCUCGUCACCUUUGAGAUAAUUGUAAAUUAUGUUUCGCUACAGCAUCAAGUAUAACAGUAAAUUUAACUUUCUAAAAAGCCCAUAGAGGACGCCCACAACGGUUAGUUCUAAAAGAUAGAUUACAAAAAUGGUUACAUUUUGAAGCGUGUUUGAAUGACUACUUAGACUUGAAAAACUCUCGGCAUGAGUGGCGCCGAGUUGGAGGCUGGGAAGGCGCGGCUAUAUUUGUAGACGGUCCCCCGAGUAGAGUGAAAGUUGCCAAAAUAAAGAUGCCAGAGGAGCAGCAGGACCAGAGGGAGGUGGACCCACGCCCAGUUCGGCGGCCACGACGAAGAUGGCGUCCCGCGAGAAAGCCAAAGGACAGCACGCGACGACCAAAAACGGACGACUCCCGCGAAGAUGGGUGGCCUGUUUCGUAUUGGCCAUCAUCCAGCUCAUCAUCGGCCUGGGCCUUCUGGCUGUUGGUGCCGCGGACGUUGUCUUCACGCUAGACCACAAGUGUAAAGAUCGCACAGGAGCCUCCUUCUUGCAGGGUGUCGUAUGCGUCGUUUCUGCUGCCUUUGCCCUGGCUGCAUACUCGCCACGUCGAGUUCGAACACAGGGGCAUCCGAAUAGAGUCCUGGUCGCAGUGCAUGUUCUGCUGUCCUUCCUUGUGGCAGUAGUCAGCUUCAAUGUUGUGACGUGCUUGGCCACGUACACAGGUGACAGGACCACAGCCCUGUUUGCAGUUAUCCUGUCCAAGGUAGUGCUGACCUACACGUGCCAUGUCUUGGGAGGCAUCUGUGCGGGUGUGGCGGUGCCCGACCUGUGCCGCAAUGGUUCCGGCCUUGUGACAUUUGACACCUUCCACAGGGAUAUCACUGCCAAGCAGGCGCCACAGAACCAGAGUAGCAAUGCCCCCACCACGACAGCUGCUCCCAGCAGUGCAGCUGGGCCAGUGCAGCUACCUGAGGCACGUAGCCAUGUACAAGAGGCCCCUGGCACAGGCGAGAAGCUCACUGUAGUCACUCUUCCAGAGGCAGACGUCAUCUACGCCGUGCCUGAAAACAGCUACGUAGUGCGUCGCCCAGAGGGGUCAUACGUGGCUCCCCCUGGCAACUCCCGGCUGGCACCCUUCUUCCCCACCUAUACACGGGUUGCCAUUGAAUGACAGUGUCUAUUGCAGGAAGGUUGCAGGCCACACUGAGGCCAUGUCGCACAAGAAAACAUUUGAUGGACACACAACAAGCCACCGAAAAUGUCCUCGCCAUCCUUUCCCAGCUCUGGUAACAGGCUUCAGUCAUUUUGGCCUUGGCAAAUGUCCCUAGGUGGCCAUUGAGACUUCAUUUGUCUGUCUUUCUUGUCUCCGUUUGGCUGAAGACAUAAUGUCGCCUUGUGGCUGUCCUCUGGCUGUUUACCAUCUUGCAGCCAUGAGUGGUCAUGCAGCCUGUAUAUAUAGUACUAGUAAAUUUCUGUGCUAUGUGAUCUGCCCUUCACUCCACAACUAUAAUGAGUACUGCAAACAAGCUCUACUGCCUCUAGUUGCUGCUUUUCUGCCAUACUUCAGUAAUGAUGUUGAAGCAAAAUGGUCCAGUUGAAUUAUUUCUGUGCUUAUGGAACCACCAAUUCAUCAAAAAUAUCAUAUGCUAGUUGAUUGCCUGGCAAGGAAUCUUUAGGCUGGUUUGACAUCUUUUCAUCAUCUUGUCUUCCUUUCCUUCCUUUUAUAUUGCACUCACUCAAUUGAUAAUUAAACAUGGUGUUUAAAAAAUGCUUAUUUUAUCACUUAUAUCCUCUGCAGAGAGCCAAACACCUGAAAAAUGAAGUAUGCAAGAGGUCUAAGCAGUUUGUUGUUAACAAGCUGUUGUGUGCAACGGCUGUGCUUUCAGAGUGAGGCAGUGGUGCAGUUCUGAAAGGAAGCAAGAUUUCUGCCUGUAAAUUGUUCCUAAGCAGUUAUAAGUGUGCCCUCAAAUGCCAGCAUGGCCAUAACUGUAAAGCAUCAUCCAUAGUGAAUGUUUCUAGCUGAUUUUUGACGUGGUCGUUCCAACAUCAGCUUAACCAUUUUACACUGUGCCAUAGCCACGCUGUUACAGUUGAAAUGCCUGCCAUAGUGUUUUUGUACCAUUAAACAAGCAAAUCAAAUAAAACUAGGGCACUGUUAUUGUGUGGUCAUCACAAGCAUUAAAUGGAAUGUUGGAUGGAACUACACCAAAAGCAUGUUGAAAAUAUGUUCCACAUAGCUUUUCUUUUUUUAGGCUGUUGUUGCAGUGCCUUUGAUUGUGCAACUUAGCUAUUGCACUGCAGUCAACAUCUGAUUUUUCAGGCUCCCUAGGGGCUGCGAAAUGUCUGAAAAAUCCGGCAGUCCGAAAAAAAUGAAUGCAUGCCUAGGCACAUCCGAAAUGUAACUCUCAAGGCCUGCCAGUACGCUUAUCAGGUGUAUCAGUGCUUUUACUGUGACAGGAGACGGCGGAUGCAUGCAUGUAUAAUUAAGGAAUGCAUAUUGUGUUCUAUGACAGUUGCGCCUUUCUAUUCUUGGUAUGCUUCACCGCGUAACACCGCUGUGUCACGGCGAAGCUGACUUUUGGAAAUGGCAUUUUGCAGUGCACCGAGCUCUCCGUGCUUCGAAACCAUCGGCGAGAAUUACUUGCCAAGAUGGAGUCAGUGCUAUUGCUGACAGUGGUGAAUUCUUUCAAUUAAAGAAAAAACUGCGCCGAACAGCAGGAAGCUUGAUGGUGUAUGGCUGCCAGCGAAUCGAGUGCCGAUUUGAGGCGUUGAUAAUCAAAGUGGCAUCAGUAGUGGCGUCAAUUAAUGCCAUUUCAGACCUGCAGUCAUGCCAAAAAGCCUGGGAUUUUAGCGGCCGAAGUUUCGGACGUUCUUAUACUUCGGCUCUACGGGGGGGAAGGGCAAGUGGCGGUGCCGCGAAGUCGGCCGAAUUAUCUAAUAUGUCUGAAAAAUUUGUUGUUGUCUGCACACCUGAGCAAAGUGAUACAGGAAAGUAUGCCUAGGCUAUAAAGCUAGGCACCUUAUGAAUGCGUAUUUAAUGAUACUACUAUGUGUAUCAGACUUUUUUCUCUUUCUGUUUUAUAAACAUUUUUACUGGUAACAAGCAAGGACAUUGUUGAAGACUAAAUUCUUUCCUUGAAGACAUGCUCAAACAUUACUUAAUCUUGUUGGAUCACUUGUCACUCAACCGAAUGUUAAGUCUCCCCUUUCUUUUUCUUUCUUUUUUUCUGCAUUCAUCGCGCAAGCCAGUGAUUGCGAUUGGCAAAGUGUACCUCUCUUUGUACCCAUCCACAACCAAACGAGGCCUGUUUUCAUUGAUGUUGCUGCUCGCUUUUUGCUGGCUUUUAUUGAAAGUGUGUCAAUUUGCCAGCUAGAUGUUUACAUAUGCUUUUGCAAAGUGCUUUUCUCUCUCUGGCUGCUGUUGGUAUUCUGAUGAAGUCUUUACCCCUUACCCUUUACCCCGCUGCUGUGUAAGCAUUGUCUUCAUGUUUGUAAUGUGACAACAAAUUUAAUGUGCAGACAAAAAAUUUUAGAUCCCGCAAAAUAAGUACAUUGAUGAUUCAAACACUAACUGAAACCACAUACAACCAUGGCCAAAGGCUUGUAAAAAAACCCUCGAGUCCAUUGUAUCCAUCCUCGCCACUUAGCUCCUGCUUAGCUAUGAUGUUCUGCUGCUGGGAAUGAGGACUGAGAUUCAGUUCCCAUACUAAGUGACCUCGGAAGCACAACCCGUGUACUUCGUCAUGGUGACAGUGACUAUGGCAUUGUUUUGCUGAGCAUGCAGAUACGGGCUUGUUUCCUGGCCGCGGGAGCCGCAUUCCGAUAGGGAUAGUAUGCAAAAAAGCUUGUGUAGUGUGUUUUGGGUGCACAAUAAAAAGCCCCAGGUGGUAUAAGUUUACUUGGAGACCAGUCUAAAUUUAUUAGUGCUGUUUAGCGUAGACCUUCUCUUCUACUGCAGCUGCGGCGACUGCGUGUCCUUUCUUGGAAGAAAUUUGCAGUGGGUUCAUAGGCUAGCCAAUCUGAAAUAGCUGAUAGCAUCUUGUGUGCCGUCUUCUCGUGUGCCAAGUCCGCAUUCUAGAGAGAAGCAGCAUCAAGGGAAAUUCGCUCGCUGCUACUGCCAUUCUUUAUUGCGCCAGCAUUCUUACAGCUAGUGCCUGUGAUCAUCAAGCGAGAUGUGUUCAUGUUGCAUGUGCACAUGUGACAACGUGCUUGUUAAUUUAAUUAGUAAGCAAAUCUUUACAGCAGUUUAUGCAGCUGAUAAAGCAACUAACCUUACUUUGUACAGCUGUCCAAUAAUUUGCUAUUGCAAGCAAUGCUUCGCCUGUCAGGCGAAACUGUGACUUUCAAGCAUCAGCAUUGUACGUGCAUUUGUGCUCUGCAACUCUGGAAGGACCACAACGUACACAGACACAUCGAUGUGCCUUCUGGAUGGCCCUUGUAAUAAGUUUACAAUGCUUUUGUGAAGUUGGCCACCAUGUCAUGUUCCAGUCCUAUAGACUGUUGUUUCCUUUUCUUCCACUGCCAUGGUAACCAAAACCAAAUGAUCCUGUGUGCCUUUUUCACAAAACAGCACUGCCAAAGAACGCUGUUAACAAAAGUAAGCCAGUAUGUCAUAGCAUACAACUGCACAAGAGUACUGAAAGUAUUUGUAUAUGGCAUGUUCUAUGUAAGUUUCAAGUAUUUCUAGAUGGCUUUGCAAGUAUAUUUCACAUUACUGGUGGUGUGGCCAGAACACAGUACAUUGUUUCAUUUACAAUGAAUUGUACAAGAUACCGGUGCUAGUUAAACCAACCCUAAUCACCAUUAUUCGCGACUCAGUUUGGUGUGGUAGUGCUUUUUUCCUGCCACACUAAUUCUUUUAUACGUGAACAUAGUGGAACAUGAAUUGACUGCAAUUGCUGGCAAAGUCAAAACCCAGUCAAGGCGAUUAUGCUUAUUUUGUGUAGUGUUAUUCGUUUUUAUCAUUUUUUCUCUUCCUUUUCCCCUACCACAUUUAUCAUUUAUAGGUCUGCAUUGCCACAAUGUGGAUGUGCUUAACUCGGUUCUCUCAUAAUGUUUCUGGUGGACAGACCCAGUUGUCUUGCAGCAACAGCUCUUUGUCAAAGACAUAAUUUUAUAUGUAGAUACGUAAAUAUAUGCACAUACUUCUGUGUUUACAUUUGCGUAUUGUUUUAGACUUCCUGGGCAAGAUCUGUAGCCUUUGUUAACAUUGGGUCACAGCUUUCCUUUAGUUAUUCAGGGUUUGGUUGGUUCCUGUUUCAUGUAGCACUGUCCUUUUAGUGCUAUGCUGUGCUACUGUAUUCAUCAUCUUCUUUUUUUUUUCCUCGAGAGCAGGACAACUUUGUAUCAAAGAGUAAGGCUGCCGUUUUGGAUGCCUGUUAGUCUUUGUUCUGCACCACCUCAUUUUUGCAUCUUUAUAGCACCCUGUACACUUGCCAGAAGAGUGGCAAAAUACUUUGUGUGUGUUUGUACAUGUUUGUCUGCAUUAUUCAGUGCAAAAUGGAUGUGCCUUAAGCUCGACCCACAUGGAGUACUUGCCCAUCUGGCUACAUGCCUGCGUCAGCUUAUACGGCUUAUGGUCUGUAUUCGUCUGGUUGUGUAAAGGGCUCAGUUCAUCAUCGUGCCCCUCACAACUGGAAUAAGUUACUUAAUUGGGCGACUUGGAAUUGCAAAGCCAUAGUGGACUUUCAGCGCAGAAUUGCAGAAAUCACAGGAAUGAACAAGCAGCACUCUGUCCACGGCUUUUUAUUCCCAUGAUUUUUGUGUCAUUAUGCCCUGAACUUCUGAUAUAGAUUCUACAUAACCACCCAGGUACCAUUUAGUUUUAGUAGUUGUUGCCCUAGUUAGCCACUUGGCAUAUAUGACUGCAGACUGAGUUGAGCUUUGGAGUGCAGUGACACUGACUUCUAGUGUACGCAAAUAUGUCGGUGAAUUUCUGAAUAUUACAUUGUAUGACUGCACAUAGUGUGGUCAAGGUGUUCAAGCUCACGCAGAUGCAUAACCAGACUCAUGUGCAGUGCUCCAUGUGAUGCAGGCUUUGUCCUGAUGCGUCACGAACAUGCAGCAGCUUGCAAGUGUGAUAAACGUGUCAAGAGCUUGUUUUUGUUUGUUCGUGAAAGCAUUGACUUACAAAGUCAUGCCUCCUAACUGUGGCCAAAAACUUUGCUACAAUGCCAACAGAUUGUCUACACUACUACUUACGGCUUGAUGUAAUUUAUUGCCAAUAAGUGUUAGUUAUGGAAGCUCGUCUUACAUUCUCGCAAGACAACUCAAAUCAUGCACUCGUGUCUUAUGCUUCCUCUCUAUAAUCAAAACUCAUUUGUGUACUCUCCCGGCUAGUACUAUACCCUGCAGUUCAAUAUGUACACGUUGCAAUGAAUGUUGCAUUUGUAAGGGAUCCAAGUGCAAACAGCUCUGCUACCACCUGCUGGCUCAUUUGUGCUCAAAUUUCACAGAGGUAGUGUUUCGUAGUGCAAUUUGUUUGGUACCAUGCUUGUAAGCAGUAAUUAAUUGUCUUGCACAGAAUAAAUAAAAAGUACAUGUCACUUGCGUGAUGCGAAAGUAGAUUUUUUUCAUUGAGUAGU